CUGUCCGUCUGUCUGUCUGUCUGGUACACAUUUUGUACAUGUUAUUUCUACCUUACACAUUCUCGGAUAAAGUUGAAACUUUGCUCAAAACUAGUAUCAAUUUUAUAAAAAUAAAACCCAGAGUAUUCUCAAUGCUUUGUGAAGGGAAGAGAAUGGGGCGCAGAGAAUUCACUGGUCACUUCACAUGUUGCAACGGGUGGAUAUUCAUCGAGUUGAGCGAAGACAUUGAUUUGUACGCUAACCAGGGGGUCUAACCACACCGUCUAUCACCAUCAGCCAGUAAAUUUAUUACUAAAUUCUUAAUCUCGAAAAGACUCGAACAUUUCUUCCAGCUACAUUUAUUAUAAACACUUAAGAAGGGAAACAAACAACAACCUUCCUCUUCCCACUCAUCAAGGUGGAGUGUUUACAGGUGACUAUACUCUAGUCAGAAAGAAAUCCUUCUAUCCAGGAAAUAUAAAAAAAAUCGAGAGUGCUGAGGCUUCCGAAGAAUUUUGUUGCCAGAAAGGAUGUCUAGGAAUUUGACUUUGUUGACUUUCUCUCUGAUUCUACUAACAUACAAACUCACUUGCGCGAGCGCUGGUGGACCUGGUUGGAAUUAUCACGAAGGAGAGGCCGGAGGUCCAGAUGAGUGGCACGUCAACUUCACAGACUGCGGGGGUGUUAUGCAGUCCCCCAUCGACAUCAUCACCGAGGAAGCUGUCUACAGUCCUAUACUUCCAUACUUUGAUUUCACCAACUACAGAACGACUAGAGGCGUGAACUUGACCUUAAUUAACUUGGGAGGACACACAGCUGAAGUUCUCUACCAAGGCGCUCCCAUCUACCUACAAGGGGGCGGGCUACCUGCUGAAUACAAGCUGAUUCAGUUCCACUUCCACUGGGGCGCCGAGGACAAAGUAGGCUCUGAGCACUUCAUUGACGGGGAGCAUUUCCCUAUGGAGUUGCAUCUAGUUCACCAGCAAAAAACAUUGGCAAAUUUAUCAGUGGCUGAGAAACAUCCCUUUGGUCUGGCAGUAUUGGGCUUCUUCUUCCAGGUUUCGGAGAAAAACAACACAGAGUUAGAGCCACUUUUAAAAUAUUUCAAUCAAAUUGCUUUACCUGACGCGAAAAUACACCUUGAUACAUUUCCUUUAAUUGAUAUGCUCCCUGAGAACUUCAGGAAGCUAGAUUUCUACCGGUACUACGGAAGUUUGACCACACCACCCUGCUACGAAACGGUCAUCUGGUCACUAGCUACAGAAUAUAUCAAGAUAUCGGAGAGCCAGUUGAAUGUCUUCAGAGGUCUAUAUGAAUCAAAGGACAUCCACCUCGUCAAUGACUUCAGACCAGUACAACCCUUGAACAAGCGCAUUGUCAUCACGACCAAAAACUCCUCCAAAAACUCCUCAGCGCAGCCAAGCACACGUCCUCUCUUCCUAUGUUUGAGUCUAGUGCUAGCAUGGACGUAUUGUAGAAUGCCUUAAAUUGAUUCAUGAUUUAAAAAAAAUAGGAUAAUAAUUUUAAUAAGAUUUAUGCACAAGAGGCAUUCCUGUCUAAUUAUAAGAUAAAAUAAGAAUCAGUUCUUGUCUUACUAUAUUGCACGCCUUUUGUAAAACAAAAUUGUUAGACUUUAAAAUAAUUAUUGAGUGGGAGCGAUAACUCGCUGUGCAGGUAGCCUCAUGUCAAGUUAAACAUGUGUGAAUUCCAAAUAAUCUUCAACUGUUAAUAAACUUUAUCUUUUUAACAAAACGUUGACCCUAUCAAUAGGAGUGUCAGAUCGGUGCAAUACAACAAGGCCGGACAUAGGGAAUUGGAGGCCCUAGGUGAAACAAAUAUGAAAUGAAAUAGAAAAGCAAAAAAUUAAGGCAUUAAAAUACGCAAUGAAAUAUAACCAUCGUAUGUCCAUAUCUAAAUCUAGAAAUAAGUUAAAUUCAUAGAGCGCCGGUAGCACGAAUGUGCUUCAUGGGCGUUUCAUGAUCACCAGACUAGAAAUAACGUUUCGACAUUACACCAGAAGGAAGAAACAAUGGUCUUCUAACAUAUGUAGUCUAACAAGUAGAUCUAAACAUUCGGAAGAAAGAAUCUUGAAUAAUAAUAGAGUUUUAGAGCUAAUCUAGUAGACAGUAGCCAUAGGGUUCUGCUAUGUUUGAGAUUUGAUUCAUGUUUCGCUAUUUUUUCUCUAAAAAAAUUUCUUUCAGUCCUGUGCAAGACCCCCUCGUUUGCCUAUGCCUAGGGCCGGCCCUAAAUAGAAGAUUUACUACAUAAUCCGUGAAAAAAAAAUGUCUUCCCUUUGUUUGUAGACAAGGCAGAACUAUAAGGUAUAAAUAUGUACUUGACGUCUUGGUUAAUAUGAGAUGUUGAUUAGUGCAAUGUAUGCAACCCUUUCCAAUAAUUUGUAAGUGUUCAAUUACAUUAAUUAUAUACGGAUAAUGGUCAAGUCAUCGUUCUCUUACUAUCUACAUACAAUUAUCUUCUUAUCUUAUAUCAUACAGACGUUACUUCAAAAAAGGAGAUAAUUACGUCCUAUUAGUCUAUUGCUAAGCUUCUAGUAUUGGGGUUGCUUAGUAUAGAAUAGUCAUACUCUUAUUUAUUUAUUCCGAAUGCGUCCAUUAGUAAAUUAAUAUGCAUGUUCUUUUUAUUAAUUAUGUUUUUGUUUGUGUGCAGAUGUGUAAUAGAAUUUAUUAUUAUAAUAGCCCAGAGCCAAGACAGUGCUUCAUUAAGUUGGAAUCACUUGUACACAAUAUACGAGUGUCAAACAACAUCAGGCCUAUAGCCUCGUUGUAACGGUCUUAGAAUGUACAGUACAGAACACAACUCAGGAUUGACUGUUUUUAAGUAUCGGAAGACGAGUUGUCUACCUUUUUCAUUUCGUUUUCAAUAGAUUUCGUAGCAUGUCUUAUUCAUCCAUCAGUAGAUCCGAAGUGAACACAUAAUGGUAGGGUUUACAUGUACUUGGAUGAGGAAAUGACACUGUUAUAAACAAUUCUCCAAAUGUUAUGAAGUGGUAUAGCGUAUACUUCUAAUUGCCAGGGCGUGGAAUGGGAUGCCCGAAUCUGCCGGGAUAGACUAAUGACUUAGAUGAGGGUCUAUAAUUAUCAUGCAGGACUAGAUUGUCACAUGGGAGUAUCUUCUGUUAAGCAGGGACGUCUGUAAUUUAUAAGAUAAGUUUAAGGUCGGGAUUGCAUGGUAAUGUUUAUGUUUUUUUUUUUCUGACAGCUUGUCCACUUCUGUGCGUGGGAGUGUCUUCUUGCUUCUUCUUCUUUCUCAUUUUUCAUGGCGGAGAGUUUAGAUCACUAAUCCUAUAUAUGAGAUGAACCGCGCAGUGGUCUCCAGAUCAGGCAGUUCUCCGUAUAUUUUGUUUUCUAUUGUAGGAUUUCAGGGCCUGAGUCUUGUUCGGGCCUCUUGAUAAUGUAGGCAGCUUUGAAGGACAUGGUCAGCAUUCUCUGGAGAUACUCCACAAGGUCAAGACUCGCUAGUCCCGACUUUUAGCUUCUGGAACUUAUGAUUCUGUUGUGUCCGGUUCUGAGUCGAACAAAUAUGCGUUGGUCAUGUCGGUAAAACUUAUAAUAGGCGUCCUUUACCUUGUGAGCUGGACCAGUAAUCCUUUAUUCUACUCUCUAUCAUAUACUCGUGAGUGUAAGGGUGUGCGUUUGAGAAAGUAAAAGUAUCUGGGUCAUUUUGUGAGUGUGUUUAUCUGAAACGCUAAUGCAAUGUGUGGAAGUUAACACAUUAUUUUCAAAAUUAAGCAUCAUUUUCGUGAACAGAUGAUUUGUCUUAUUAUCAGCGUACAGUCAUAAUGUGUACAUGAUAACUAACUGUGUGUCUUCUUACUAAUUCUGAUAUGUACAAUGAAAUCCAUAGAAAUCCAUAUCUACGUGUCAAAUGUUAUAUACUUGGUCAAUGUAUUUUUAUAUAAUAAAUCAUUUAAUAAUCUAA